UUUGCUGGGGCUGUCCCUUCGCUCGCUUCUUGUGGAUCGGAGUUCGCUCCUUUAAUCCGUGCGCUGGUGGCGAUGCUUUUCUUCACGCACUGCUUCGGUUUUGUGUUAGACUUUGUGCACUUCAGGUACCAGUACUGCAAGGCGAGAGCCGCUUUCUCAGCCGCUGUCCAACUUGUGUGCGUUGUGCGACCGACACCGAGCCUGACGCGCCUGCCAUCGCGAAGCCCACUCUCUCUGCACCGGGAGGUGGUGCCCGACACCGAAGACCUCUCCGAGAAACGCCUGCUGGCCUGCCCGUGCCCCGGAGCAACCUGCGAGUGGGAGGGGCCCCUGAAUGCCAUCCUGCCGCACCUGGCCACCAGCCACCGCGGCGUGGCCAGGCUGCAGGGAGAGAGCGUGGUCUUCCUAGCCACCGGUGUCCACCUGCCGGGCUCGGCAGGCUGGGUGACGGUCCAGUCCUGCCUCGGACACCAUUUUGUGCUGGUGCUGGAGAAGCAGGAGGGGCACCAGAGGUUCCUGGCCUUCGUGCUGCUGCUCGGGACAUCCAGGCAAGCGGAGGGUUUCUCCUAUCGGCUGCUGCUGAACGGACACCGCCGGAGGCUCACCUGGGAGGCCACUCCACGGGGGGUGGCAGAGGGACCAGCCUCGACUGGCACCAGCACUGACAGCCUGGUCUUUGACACGGUGAUGGCCCAAACAUUUGCAAGUGACGGAAGUCUCGCCAUCAACGUGACCAUAUCCUCCUGCUGACGGCCGAAGCCACCACUGCCUCCUCAGUUCCUAUUCCAGACGUUUUCCUAAACAUUUUUAUACCAAGCCCGUGAGCUGACUUUUCUUUUUUGUAAUGGAUCGGUCUGUGUCCCACCACCCUGGAGCAAGCACGGUUCAGGUUUCCAGGUUGUGCACCGACACUGAACAUUUCUCAGCUCCUCCUGCAAGGCCAUGGUUUGAAGCACUGAUCUCCACAGAAUGAGAAAUGGCCCCAGCCCAGAACUAUUGUGUCCUGGUUGUAAGACAGGCUUGCUUUACAGAAGUUAUUGUAAGUGCAAACGCUUUGUAACUGGUCAUUGGGAUGUGGGUAAUUCUGUCCUGGUAAACCUUUUGCAGUUGAUCCCUGACUGCCCUCAAACUGAGACUCUUGCUGAGGCAUAGAGUAGUACAGCACAGAAACAGGCCCUUCGGCCCACCAUGUCCAGGUUGACUGUUGAAUUCUUCUAUACUAAUCCAAUCUACCUGCAUUAGCUCCAUAACCUAUGCCCUGGCAAUUAAAGUGCUCAUCUGGGUGCUUCGUAAAUGUUGUGAGAGUACCUGCCUCCACCACCUUUUCGGGCAGCGCGUGCCAUGGUCCUACCACUCUCUGUGUGGGAGAAAAAAAUCCUCCUUGGAUCCCCUGUAAACCUCCUAACUCUUAAAACACCUAUACCCUCUUGUCUUAGACACCCACACCAUGGGAUAAAGAUUCUGACUAUCUACCCUAUCCAUCCCCCUCAUAAUUUUUGUACACCUCUAUCAGGUCACCCCUCAGCCUCCUCCACACCAGGGAAAAUAAACCCAACCUAUCCAAUCUCUCCUUAUAACUGAAAUACAGCAAUCCAGGCAGCAUCCUGGUGAAUCUUCUCUGCACCCUCUCCAGCACAUCCUUCCCAUGGUUAAGGACCACACAUUGUUGGGACUGUGGUCACAUUUAGCCCAGACAGGGUGAGGAGGGCAGACUUUCUCCUCUGCAGAAUACCGGUAAACCAGGUCGGUUUUUAUGACGAUCCAGUAGUUCCAUGGUCACCAUUAAUGAUGCUUUUUUAAAAAUUUAAUUAGCUGCAUUUAAAUUCCUCAGCAGCUAGGGUGAAGUUUGAACUCCCAUCUCUCAAGGUCAGUAGUCCAAACUUUUGAAGUCCAGCUUCAACACCACAUCACCAUAACCUGAAUACAUCCCUAGAUACCACCUUCCCCAAUUAAGAGUCCAGCAAAGUUGUUAAACAGCCUCAAAGAAAUUUGGAAUUCUAGGCUUCCACCAGAGUCUUGGGUUUGGCUGGGACGGUGCAGUGAACCUCGACUGACCAAUGGUGUACCACUUCACCUCUGUAACUGUCUCACAGCUCCCCUGACCUACAAUUCCACCAACACCAGAGGCAGGAGAUAUGAAAAUUAAAAACUGCAGAUGCUGGAAUUCUGAAAUAAAAACAGAAAAUUCUCAGCAGGUCAGGGAGCAUCUUUUGAGCGAGAAACAGUUAAUGUUGAGGUUCAGGACCUAUCAGGGGAAGAUAUAAAGAAAGCUGCUGUUCACUAUCACCUGUCCCACACAAUCAGCAUCCACCUCAGCUGCUAGCCAUUAUAAACAAAGUACAGAAUGCUGAGUCACUAAGUAAUCCAUGUGACAAAGUAUUGGUUACAUAUUCACUAUCUGCUCCUUAAAUUUGUAUUUAUGAUUUUGCGAAGUUUAUUGGUCAGGAGAAAUCUUCCUUCCUACUGGACAUAGCAGUUAUCAGCUGUCCUUCUUGUAGGGCACUUGGUAAAUGGAAAUAGUAAGGGAGGGUGGUCAAUGAGCCAAGGUGGGAGGACUUGAUCCUUGCUGGAACUAGUGUUUGGUUUUGGGGAAGGACUGAGAAGUGUUAAGGUUUUCAUCUUUCAACACAAGGAAAAGCAGUUGUUUAAAUAAAGCUUUGAUUAUCAGGACACAAGCUUAUUGUAUUGACUUAAAUAUAAGAAGGUGUUAUAAAAGGGAUGUUGUAUGUGCUGAGUUGCUGUGGUGUGGAGGAGUCUGGAGUUAAAGGCUCUACUGCUAUUGAUGGAUGAGGACAGGCA